GGUUUUACACUCGGCCGCGCAGGAUCGACUCCACUCCUGUGCUCCGCGCUCCGGGUUUCUCCGCUCUCUUGGCCGGCUCCGCCCCGCGGGCUCCGGUUUCAGCCGCUGCUACAGGGACCCCCAAGAUGGAAACGCAGGGGCUGCCUGCCGCCGCGGAGGCGGCCCAGCCUGAGCCCGCCACCCAACAACAUGGCGCCGGUGCGGCCGCCGCGGACGACGGGGCUCCCUCCUCAGAGCCUGUUUGCCGACCUCCUCAGCCUCGUGACUCUGCGGGAGCGGCGGCAGCGGGGGCCUGGGGCCUGGACGUGACUUUCCCGGUGCUGCUGCUCCUCGAAGGGAAGCUGCCGGAGCCUCAGCAGUUGCCUCCGCCGCCGCCGCCGCCUCAGCAGUUGCCGCCUCCGCCGCCGCCUCCGCCGGGACCUGCUAGCUCGGGCUCCACGCCCGCCUCCUCGUCCCCGCCAGCCGGAGGCCCCGGGCAGCCGCCGGAAAGUGACGCUUUGCUGCUGGUGCUUAACUUGGUGCGGGGCGGAGCCUCCGGGAGCCCCUCGCGUGGCUCCUCUCAGGAUUCCCCGCCGGCGCAGCGGCCGCGGGAGGGCAAGGCGGGCGGAGAAGGGCAGGCCUCGGCGCCGCUCUCCGAGGGCGGCGGGCCGCAAGAGGAGGCCGGCGGCGGCGGAUGCGGCCAGGGGAAUUCCUCCUUUUCGGGCACGCUGACCAUCAACAACCAGAGCCUGCUGGUGCGCUUCGAAAAUGGGACGCUUAGCUUCGGCGGGCCGGCAGCUCCUCCGCCUGCUCCGGCUCAGCCGAGCGACGACGUCGUCCAGCCCCCGGCUGCAUCUUCGAAGGCUCCGGCGUCAUAUCCUCGGCCGGACUCCCACUGCGCCGAGACCUUUUCUCGCAAGCAGCUUCUGCGGCUGCAUCAACUGUCGGCGCGGGGCGGGAACCCAACCGGCGCUGGGCAGGAGGGCGGAGAGGCCGCAGCAGCUGCGGCUCCCUCGGCAGGCGCCGGCCGGGCGGCGCGUCCCUUCAGCUGCCCGGUCCCGGGCUGUUCCUGGGCUUUCGCCACGGCCUACAAGCUGCGGCGCCACCUGCAUUCCCACGACAAGCUGCGGCCCUUCGCCUGCUCCGCACCGGGCUGCACGAAGCGCUUCACCACCAUCUACAACCUUCGGGCUCACGGCAGGGCUCACGAGGAAGAGGCGAGGCUCAAGUGCGAGGCUUGCGGACAGCGCUUUCCCAGCGCCGCCCGGCUCGGGGCGCAUCAGCGGCGGAGCCACCUGGAGCCAGACCGGCCUUACCGCUGCGAGUAUCCAGGUUGUGAGAGGACCUUCAUAACAGUGAGUGCAUUAUUUUCUCAUAAUCGAGUCCACUUCAGGGAACAAGAAUUGUUUUCCUGCUCCUUCCCAGGCUGUAACAAGCAAUAUGACAAAGCUUGCCGGCUGAAAAUCCACAUGAGAAGUCAUACAGGAGAAAGACCUUUCAUUUGUGACUUUGAAGGCUGUGGCUGGUCCUUUACCAGUAUGUCUAAGCUAUUAAGACAUAAAAGGAAACAUGAAGAUGACAGGAGAUUCACAUGCUCUGUAGAAGGUUGUGGAAAAUCUUUUACCAGAGCAGAACAUUUGAAAGGCCAUAGUAUAACUCAUCUUGGUACAAAACCAUUUGAAUGCCCCGUGGAAGGUUGUUGUGCAAAGUUCUCAGCACGCAGUAGUCUAUAUAUUCACUCCAAAAAACACCUUCAGGAUGUGGACUCAUUGAAGAUGCGUUGCCCAGUAUCCAGUUGUAGCAAGUUAUUCAAUUCAAAGCAUAGUAUGAAAACACAUAUGGUCAAGCAACACAACUUUAAUGCAGAUCUAUUAAAUCAGAUGGAAACCAUUGGUUCCCUCACGCCUAGCAGUGAACUUGCCAAUUCAGGACAAAGUGACCUCAACAAUGUAGAUCUGGUUUCCCUUUUUUCUAGUGUAUCUGGGAACUCCUCUGGAAUUUCAGCUGAUAUGGCUGUAAUAAACUCUGGAAUUCUUACUAUAGAUGUUGCUUCAGUAGGCUCUACGCUUGGAGGCAGUAUGUCUGUCAGUAGCAAUUCCCUUGCUCAGACAGUUGACCCACUGAUUUUGGUGGCUAGUAGUGACAUUCCCCACAGCCUGGAUAGCUCUCUUUUAUUGGGAACCACCACCACCGUUUUACAGCAAAGCACUUUAAAUCUGGAUGAAGUACAGACGGUGAAUGCAGAAGCCUUAGGCUCCUUAGCAUCUUUGUCAGCGAGAAGUUCCAGUCAAGACUUGCAUGGUUUGACUUCUAGCAAUAACUUGUCAGUAGACACAGCCACUUUAUCCCCUUCCAGCAGUCUUGGUGGAAACAAUACAGCUGAAUUAUUAGCUCCAAAUAAAGCAGAGCAAACUUUACUUCCUAGCCUGGAUGUUGUGGAGCAACAAGAAGGCAGCAAAGUGGUCACUCAGUAUGUGUUCUCCAAUCCUUCCGGAAGUUACAGUGCACAAAAAGAAACUGAUCUAAGCACGGUGACUGGCAACUCUAUUCCGGAGAGUGGUGGGUCUGCAAGAACAGAUUACCGAGCUAUUCAGCUUGCCAAAAAAAGAAAACAAAAGGGAAAUGGGAGUGACAUAGGCUCAACUGAUUCUGCUAUAAGAAAAAGCAAAAAUGAUAAAGUUAAUUGUUUUAGUCACGGAAAUCGGUUAUGCAACAGUAUUUUGCCUAAUGGAAAUCUAACAGUAAGAGAUCCUUCGGCUGGCACACAGUUUGUUCAAAUUCAAUUGCUUCAGGAUGAUUCUCCAGGAGAAGGAGAUCUACCCUUCCAGCUCAGUUCUCAAUCUUCCUCUUCACACUCUCAGUUGACAGUAGAUUUACCUGUUCAUAUUCUUCAGGAGCCACACAAUUCUGCUGAAGAAGAUGCCAAUUCUGAUAAUUCCCAGUUUACAGGAAGCACCAUUAAUCUACAAGACCUUGAAUGAUUGUGUUUGAGAUAGAAGCAUUAGAACAUUCAGACACAGAAGCAUCCUGAGAAAUAAGCGACUGUUCCUGCUUUUAAAGGAAAAAGUGAACAAUGGAAGCAUGGUCACCAGUGCUGGGAUACUUGAUGGUUAUCAUGCAACAAAAAUUUUGUUCAGUAUAUUUUAUUUGAUAAGGCAAUUGGAAAUCUUGGUAUGUUCUAUCUUAGAGUCAGGAAAAGGUGCAUAUGGUGGAAUUAGAUUCCUGCAUUAGAGUGCAAUGGUGAUAGCCCACGGUGAUUUUAAGAAUUAAGAAUAAUAAUUUUCAAAAUAGUAGAUAACAAUUAAGCUUAGCACUUUUAUUCUUGAAAUGAAUCCCUAAUUAAAUUUUGGGUUAAAAAUGAAGGAAUAAGCAGGAAGACCAAUUUAUUUUUGCAAACUGACAUUUUAAAGAGAUAAGAGCAUUAAAAUAGUAUCAUACUCAGGGAUAGUAAAGGUUGAAUUAGUAGAGCAAUAUGAUUUCUUGCUCUUGCUAUCUCUAAUUUAGCAUUUUACACUGAACUUGAGAAAGCUGCCUAACAUGUUAUUUCUUAUCACUUUGGUUAUGUUUACAGUAAUAUUAAACAGUAUUGACAGUGUGUACAAAGCCACCUUUAUUACAUAUACCUAUCAUGG